CACAUGGUUGUCACUGCUAUGUUGCUUCCAAACCUGCUCAACCUUGGGCCGACUGGAUAUGCAUUGUUAUUUUGGCUCCAUGCAGCAUAGGUCAAUGAACAUCCUUUGCUCACCCGCCAUGAACACGCGAGUCAUUACCUCGGAGUCGCUGACACCGAUCACCCCCACGUCUCCGGGGGAUGUGCCUGAGAUUUGUCUCAGCGACGAGGAGCCCGUCUCAUUUGGGGACAUCUUGGCGCAGAUCCAGGUGUUGCAGGAGAAGCUUUCCGCAGCCCAUGACGUCGCCCUUCAGAGCGCUUACGAAGGCGGCGCAAUACCACCCGAGUUGAACUUCAAGAAAGUGCAGCAGCAGAAGGUUGCCAGGUUUUCUCGCAGGGUGCACUCGGAGAAGGUGAGGUCUCGGAGAGAUGUUGAGGUCGGAGUGUUGGAAGACGCAAAGCGAAAGGCAGCUGGUUCCGAGCUGCCGCCGACCUCGCGGACCACGCGCAUCCCUUCCCCGGAGCUGCCGGGCAGCACGGGUGGACAGGACGAAGAUGAGGAGGGCGAGGAGGAGGAGGACAGGCGGCGGGGUCAGAAGGUGACCAGCAAGCUGGCCAAACAGGCUCGCAGGAUGAUCAGCAAGCUUGAGGAGCACGCGAGAGGAAGUGUGCCAUCGCAGCUAAGCCUGCGACGGGAGUGGGACAUCGGCAACGAGGACCUGAUGAGCCUGAAGACGCAAGGAGUCUCCGCCACCAGCAGAACCAGCAGCAAAGGAGGUCAAGGAGGCACUGAUGUCCAGAGCAGGUUUACCCUGCAGCUGCAUCCUCGGCCAGAGAACCCUCUGCCACCAUGCAUGUUGCACGCGGACUCCCCCAUGCUGAAGGCUUGGAGCGCUAUUGCGCUGCUAGUCAGCCUCUUUGACGCACUCAUCACACCCCUUCAGGCGUUUGACGCUGCUGGGGAUUGCGUGUCCUGGAUCCUCUACGGCACCAUGUGGUUUUGGAUAUGUGACAUGCUGGUGACACUUCGCACAGCCGUGCAGACUGACGAUAGGUUGCUAUCUCGGCAAGCGGACAUUGCGAAGAACUAUGCCAAGACCUGGCUUUGCUUCGAUGCGCUGGUGGUGCUGCCCGACCUCUUCGCCUUCAUGACUUGGCUUGGCGGCGGAGGAGCGGAUCUCGAGAGCACCGCAGGCACAUCCACUGCGAGGAUUAUCCGGAAAGCGCGUUUCCUACGUGUUCUCAGGUAUAUCUUCCGGGCUCUCUCGUCGGCCACCUUUGGCUCCUUUGGCGCUGGCCCCAGCUGCCGCCUCGCCUUCGUCUUCCUGCGCCUGGGCUUCCUCGUGGCCUUCGCCAUCCACUUGCUCGCCUGCGUAUGGUUUCGAAUCGGCUGCGCCGAGGAGGACACCUGGGUCAAGAUGGAAGAACUUGAGAAGGAGACCUUGUGGCGACAGUACACCAGAAGCGUGCAGUGGGCCCUGUCCCAUUUGCCUCCUUCUGCGAUGAGCUUGAAUAUGGCGCUGAAUACCGAGACGGAGCGUUGGGUUUCUUUGAUGGCCUCGGGUAUAGCUUGCGCAUCCGGACCGAUUUUCAUCAGUAUUCUGACGAACACCAUGGCGGAUAUGAGACGCAAGAUGAAGCAGCAAGAGCAAACAUGUUUUUCCGUCCGCAAAUAUUGUGAAUUCCACAACAUUGGCGGUUCCUACGUGUCCAAGAUCAAGAGGUACGUGCUACGAGAAAGCCAGCGCCAGCAAGCGGAGACCGAGAUGAAGCUCGUGCAAGCGAUGCCGGAGGACCUUGUCCAGGAGCUCUUCCACACAGCCCGCAGCAUGUACCUCUGCCGCCACGCCCUCUUUGAUAAGAUCGGACAGGAGGACCACGGCAUGGAGGUGCAGCUCUGCAAUCAGGCCAUCAGCGAGACUCAGGUCAUGGCGGGGGACAUGAUCUUCCUGCAAUACGCAGCAGCCAAGGGCAUGUACAUCGUGGCGAAUGGCUCCUGCGAGUACUUCUCGAGGUCCUUCCUGCCGCAGAUGCAGCCGCCAUUGCCAUCCUUGCACAGCUUGAAGCGCGUCGCCGGAAGUUGUUGGCAGCACUACAAAAAGCUCUUUUGCUGCGAAGGUCAGAGCAAGUCAGUCGACCCGGAAGGCUUGCAGUCCACCAUGGUGGGCGCUGGAGAGUACAUCAGCGAGCAGGCCAUAUGGAUCCAGAAAUGGAAGCAUCCAGGACGACUUGAGGCAUCGACAGACACCAUAAUUUUGCUGCUGCAGACCGAGAAGAUGAACAGCGUGUUGCAAGACUACCCGAGAAUUCUGGCCGAGACCGUUGCCUAUGCGCGAGUCUUUCUGGAGGCCGCCAAUAGGGUGGCGGUGUAUCCAGGCCUCACGGAUCUUCCCAUCACGAAUGAGGAAGGAACGGAUCCGACCGUGUCCGUCAGCGUGCUCUUUGCCACACAGGGAUCCAAGAACUAGACGCUGCGCUGCAGAAUGGCACGGCGGCAUGGAGCGAUUUCCACCAACUCUGGUUCAGCAAGUGCCCAGUAUGUGGCAUUUGCACGGCGGUCCGCGUGCUCGGACUGGACUAUGAUUUUGGCAGGCUGAAUCAUCCCAAGUCGUGCCUGUGCACCUCUCCUUUUUUUUGCGUGGCUCGUCCACAGAGCCAGACUUGCCAAUUCUGGCAGGGCAGAGCUUAGUUAGUCAGAUUGCCAUGUCAAGCAUGGACGGUUGCAAUGCUGAGAUUUGGCUGUGCGGGAAUCCCACGGUAGUGUGGUUUGGUCCAUGCGCACGCAUAGCUAGUCUCGAGCUGAGACGUUUAGUGCUAUUGCUGGGUCCCGUAAAACGGUUGC